CCGGCCAGUCGCCACGCUGAGAAGUUGCUGCUGCUGCUGUUUGACAGACGGAAGCAGAAGCUGAAUGGGCAGCAGGUGGAAGGAAGAGUCAUGUCAGAAGAAAUCAGGAAGAGACUUGAUUUCCCUAACACCCUUAUACAGUCACAGACGGUGGGCCAUCUUGUCGCUGCUGUGCUGAAAGAAAACGUUUCGUCUAACAAGAUAAGCCAGUCCACUAACCAGACCCCUGCCUUAAACUUGCUCUGGGAAAAGUGCUGCAGUGACAACGUGGUUGUCCGAACCUCGUGUUGUGAGGCUCUGGUGACGCUCGUCUCCCAGGAUCACGCAGAGCUCAGUUAUGUUCUCAACGGAGCUCUCAACCUGAUUCCUUCUGCCAGGAAUGUCCACGGUUUGAUAAAAAUCCUUGUCAAACUGCUGCAGAGGCAGGCCUUGAAGGAGACCAGAAGUGAAAAGGAUCCGUUGGGGGAGACCUAUGCCAUCAGGAACUCUCCUCAUCCCUUGAUCACCGUUCUUGAGAACAGACCUGACUGCUGGCCGGCUCUCCUGCAGCAGAUGACAGCCUUUUUCCAGCAGUGUCCAGAGAGCGCGGAGAAUUCAUGUGUCUGUGUAAUGAGACCUUUCCUACGAUAUCUGUACUGUGAACCUUGCCAGCUGAGGGAACAUGCGGAAUUACGAAUGGCUCUGCUUGGAGUUUUGCUUCAGCCGCGUGGGCCUCAGAACAAGGAGGAACCUUGUGCCCUUGAGCGCCAUCUCCUCCAGCUGCUUUGUGACUUGGUUCCACAUUAUCAGCUAAAAGACCUGCCACAGGUCACAGAAAAGCUGCUGUGUUUGGAGCAGCUGUUCCGAAGUCUGCAGCGCCACCCCGCUUUUUGGAAAGCCCAGUUGCGCCAGCUCUGCCUGCAACUUUUAUGCAUCUGCGAGGUUUGCCUGCAGAUCACUGGGGAGUGUUCGUCCGUGGUUUGCUUACUGGAAGAAAAUGCUGAGCUGCUGAAAGAGGGCUUUCCAUCGGAGGUGGCCAUAAUUGGAUUAGGUUUGCUACUGCUUCAGGCUCCAGCCACUCAGCAAAAACCAAUCUUAAAGCUAGCCAUCAAGCUCCUUUCCUGCUCUGAAACUACGAUGACUCUUGCCGUAGCCCCCAUCCUGGCAAUGCCCGCUCUGCAGAUCUUGUCUUCCACCGCCGUGCAGGGCAGCGCGAUCGAGGAAGACGGUGGCCCCACUCGGCAGCAGCUGGCCAUUAAUCUUUUAGAAAUCGUGCAGCGAGAAGAAUUGCAGGAAGAGAAAAAGCAACCGGCCUCUUCUGACCCUUUCUUCCCCAUGGCCAGUGCUUAUGGUUCAUUGCACACGACCUGGAAGCUCUUGGGGCUCCUGAGAGAGACGUCCUCCGUUUCCGACUGGCUGUCUUCUCUUAAAUCCGUGCUGCCCAUUACAACGCAAGUCCCUGCUCACGUGGUCCUUUUGCUGGCUUACCUCCUCGUUCAAGAAAACGGAGACUGCCUUCGUGACGUAUUAGCUGCCACUACAGAACUUGCCAAAGCAGAUUCAUCCCAGGUGCCAAAUCUGAUUCCCGUCCUGAUGUUUAAGUUGGGGACGCGGCUGGAGCCCACCCUGUGCCGGGAAAUCUUGUAUACUUUGCCUGCUUUGGGCGUUCAUAAGGUCUGCGUGGCGCAGAUUUUACGUGCCCUACAGGUGUUGGGAAAGACGCCAGAGCUUCAAGCUGUUGCAUUACGCCUGAUGACAUCUUUAUGGGAGAAGCAGGAUCGUGUUUACCCAGAACUGCAGCGAUUCAUGGCAAUGUUGGAUAUGGCUUCCUUAUCUGUUGGCAAAGAUACUCAGUGGGAGAAGGUGAUUGCUAAAGCUGCUUCUAUCCGAGAUAUAUGCAAGCAAAGGCCUUACCAACAUGGAGCGGAUAUGUUGGCUGCCAUUUCCCAGGUGCUGAAUGAAUGCACAAAGCCUGACCAAGCCACUCCCGCUGUCCUCGUCUUGCAAGGUCUUCACGCCCUUUGUCAGGCGGAGGUUGUCUGCAUUCGCUCUACGUGGAACGCCCUCUCGCCAAAGCUGAGCUGCGACACCCGGCCACUCAUUUUGAAAACCCUGAGCGAACUGUUCUCUCUUGUGCCUUCCUUAACGGUGAACUCAAACGAGUACGAGAAAUUCAAAGUUCAAGUCGUCAGCUUCCUGUGGAGCCACACACAGAGCAAGGAUCCACUUGUAGCCACAUCAGCGUACAAAUCUCUCUCUGAAUUUAGCUCAGAAGAACACAUCGUUCUCCAUCUUCCCGAACAGGCAAGACCAGAAUUGCCCCAACCAGAAGAGGGGGGUGUAAAUGAAGAGGAGGAGGAGGAAGAGGAAGAGGUGGAUCUCUCUGUUCCUGGUGCCUCCUAUAUCAAAUUGUUGAUGCUGACUCCUCCUCCCGUUCUGCCAGCGUUUGAAGAGUUUGCGGCAUCGCUCGUGAAACAGGAGAUGGCCAGCAUGCCUCGUGGAAUAUACCAUUCCGCACUGAGAGGCGGUGCUUUCCGGUCGGACCGAGGGAAGGCGGUAUCAGGCGUGCCAAGCUUCAUGCUGAAAAUGUACGAGAGAAACAAGCAGCCCGGGCUGAAGCCUGGCCUUGCAGCUGGCAUAUUGCUGAGUUACGAUCUUCCAAUCCACGUGGGGAAGGAUGGGAAACCUAUCAGCCGAUUUCUAGCCAGUAGGGGACGCAGUUUCCACCAGAUGUUAACCGCUCUCCUCCACGAGGUCAACAUUCAGCCUUCUGAGUGGCAUCGCUCUCUGCUACUUCCCCAGUCCUGGGCCGGAUUUAUGGAGAGAACCUACCAUGCAAUUCUACAAGGAAGGCAGGCCGAGCUGGAGCUGCAGUUAAAACACGGCAAGGAGGGACCCGAAGAAGUGCAGUACAAGCAGUUCACAGCCUGGCUCUGGGUCAGAGAUAUGCUGACGGAUGUGAUCAAGGGCGCUUCCAAGGAAAGUCCAGUGGUCAAGGGAAAUUGUAUUCUAGCCUUAACAGGCCUUGCAGUUGCGGUAGCCAAGCACGAGAAAGGGCUUUCUUCAGACAGCGAAGAACAAUUCAAUACCGAGGUGGACUUUCUUCUGACAAACCAUUGGAUCGGCAUGGUGAUUGAUACCCUUCUUAGCAUCAUAGACAGUCGCUAUCGCCCCAAGGGUCGAGUCUUCCCAUGGUUCUAUCAGAAAUCCUACUCUGGUGAAAACACUGCUAGUGUUAUUGCUCGUUCCUGUGCAGCGACUGCUUUGUCUCUCUUGGUGCCGGUUUUUAUUGCCUCCUACAAGGAGAAGGUGGAGGAAGUCGUGAAUUUGAUGGUUGCCAUGUUACCUGGGAAACCAAAUGCAGAUGAGUCUCAAGCUGUUCAAAUUCACAUGGGCCUUGCUUUGGGGAUGUUUGUCUCACGGUUAUGUGAAGAGAAAGUCAGUGAUGUCUCUGGAAAACAAAUGGAUCUGCUGUUGGUGAAGUCCUUGGAUGCCUUAGAGGGCUGCUGCUUUGACACAAGCCUGGAGUACAACACUGGAUGCAUCUUGGGUGUCGGGCUUGUUCUGUCGCUGAUGUGUCGCAGCAGCCAAUCAGAAGGCCAGCCUGACAUCUCUGCCUCCCUGCAUAAACUGAGCAAAUACUUGGAUGGGGCAGAAGACCAAAGCAGAACGUUUCAGGAGAUUCUUGCCUAUGCGGUUGCCUGUGUCUGCAUUUCCGCUUUUAGUGUUAAGAUCAUCGAGGCCACGGAGGCAGAGGAGAUCAUGAACAAGCUGCAGAAAUUAGCAGAAACCAAUCAGCAGACACCUGGGUUUGCCUUAGCAUUGGGGAACAUUGUUCACGGAUUGUCUGCAAGUGGACAUGGCAAAGCGGAAGACCUCGGCAACAGGCUGUUUCCUGCAUGGAUGAAAAUUGUUCUUGCAGAGGGAGGUCCUACAAUGCAAAGGCUUGCAGCAAUCCAUGGGCUGGUUUCUGUGGUGGGUUCUGAAGGAGCCAUGAUACAGCUGAAAGCUGAGUCCAUCCAGUCUUCCCAGUUUCAGAGCAAACUUAAUGAGGUCAUCAGAAUCCUGAGUCAGAUAAUCAGCUUUUCUGGCGUGAUCGGCCUUCAGACAAACGCAGCGUGGCUAUUGGGACAUCUGCAUCUCUCCACUGUUUCCUCAACCCACAGUCGAACAUCUGUUCCGCCAGACUUUAGCUACCUGCCUGAGAAAAGUUUCCUGAGGGCAGCCAUCGACUUUGUUAUCGAAAGUGGGAAGAAAGGCCCUGAACAAAUUCGACCUCACUUGGUCAAAGCAGCUAUGGCUCCCAUAGCAUUGAAUGGAGCAAGCUACCUGUACCCACCUGUGAACUGGGCGUCAAUUCUUUCCCCUCUCCUGAGGCUAAAUUUUGGAGAAGAGAUACAGCAGCUGUGCCUCGAAGUAGCUGUGACCCAGGCCCAGUCGUCGCAGAACGCUGCCAUGCUUUUGGGGAUGUGGGUAGCCCCGCCUCUCGUCUGCAGUCUAAGCGCACAAGCCAAGAGAUACCUUUUCACGUCCUUACCUGUGUGGAUGAAACAUGUAGCGGAAGACAGAUUGCAGGCUUUCACAGAAGUCUUCAUGGUGCAGCAUUUUGAAGCCAAAAACCAGCCGCAAUACCUGGAUCUUUGCUGGAGUAUUUUGCAAGGGCUCAGCCAAGCCAUGAAACUGCCUAGCUCGGCCCAAUACAGCUGGAGCUGCCUUUGCAGGACUGCGGAGAGGAUAUUUGAACUUCUGCCAAAUGGGAUUCGGCAAACUGAAGUGAAGAUGUAUAUACACGCAGCGAAAUGUCUCUCGGAAAUGGCAGACACAGAAAUUGACCGAAUUACCCAGGUUUCAAAGAACAAUUUAGAAAAGGUCACAUUUGCCAAAGUUUAUAUAGUUUCCCAAGGCAGAUUUCCUUUGCUGAGAUGGAACGACGUGAUUAAUAUUGCCGCUGGCUGCCAGCAGAAAGAAACCAUUGUGUGGCUGCUUCUGCAGAGCUUCUACCAUGCGAGAAUUGUGAGCCACGAAAACACAGGAGUCUUAAAGAGAAUGGCAUGGCUCUUGGAACUGAUGGGAUAUAUUAAAAACAUUUCCUUGAAGACAACAUCCAUACAAAAUGUGGCUCCAAAGGAGGCGGUCAGCUUCCUGUUGUGGAUCUUUGCUGCCUCCGUGGUGGCCUGGGGUGACCACUCUGCACCGCUGCUGCUUGGCCUCAGUGCCGGCUGGGAAAAGGAAGAAAGCUCAGCGUUGCCUGCAAAUUAUUUGGGCAAGCGCCCAGGAGAUAAUCUGGCUGCGCAAGAGACCCUCACUCUUUUCCCAGGCAGCCUGCAGAGUCUGUUGGCUAAAGAGCCUUGGAAGGAACAAACAUCAAAGUUCAUUGACUGGCUAUUUAACCUGAUGGAGAACUCAGACGAUGUGCUAUCCCAGCCUUCUAGGAAUCUUUUGAAAGCAUCUCUGCUGGCUCUGCGGUCUCUCCCAGAGUUCAGGAAGAAGGCAGUAUGGACAAAGGCUUAUGGCUGGUAGCCCCCGGGUGCCGUCUUCGCAUGUGGAGCUGUUGCCGAGACGUGAGGUGCCCAAGAGGUGUUAUGUGGUUACACUAUGGUGUGUUGCGUGCUUUCCGUUCCAGAAAGAUUGUACCCGGAGAGAAGGUUUUGACAGUGUAGCAAAAGCUUUAUGAUACAUUUGGGUGAGAAUCGUCUAAUCGUCUGUUCCAGAAAGAGAAGACCGUGCAACCCAGUAUCGUGAUGCAUUGGAUGAAAUUGUCUACAACUUUGUGAUAAAACUUUAAAGAGCUGCUUGGAAAUCUUGCCUGUUUGGAAUACAUGUCAGAAAAUUUGCUACAGGGUAUUUAAUAAAUGCAAAGAGUUUGAAUCGGAAGAAAAUAACUAGUUCUGUGCACCCAUUUACUUGAGGUUUUGUAUGUAUUAUUCAAAUGGUAGGCCCCAA